CCAACCAUUUCAAACCACCAUCUCCUCCUUCAUUUAUCAUCUUUGAAUAUUUGAAGCAGUCUUAGAAAUGGCGACUCAAUCCCAAGUAUCAUCUGCCUUGGAGAUCAUCAAAAACCAUUUACUUGGUGAUCUUCUCUCACCUGUUCGUGUCUCAUGUUCUUCUUCUACUUCUACUUCUGCUUCUACUUCCACCACCUUUCUAAUUGAUAAUGUCAACACCGAGCUUUGGAGCUCUUAUUCUGAGCCUGACUCCUCCCGGGCGUCCACUUCUGACUCUGCCUUCUCAAUCGCUGAUUACUUUCGCAUUAACAAUAUUGAUGAUGGUUUUUUCGAAUUCGAAGCUAAACCUCAAAUCAAUGAUAUAGCUACUACAAAAUCCAGUGAUUCAACCACCCAUUUUGAAUUUCAUUCACAACCGCAACUUUUCUCUCAAUCAAGUAAUGAGUUCUUCGACUUUGAAUCAAAACCGCAAAUUGUUUCACAGUCCAAUGACGAUUUCUUCAACUUGGAAUCAGAGCCUCGUGUACCUUCUGUAAGUUCAAGCUCUCAAAUAAACAGAAAGCCGUCUCUAAAAAUUUCACUCCCUAAAAAACCCGAAUGGAUCCAAUUUGCUAACCCGAAGCCUCAACCGGAGCAACGAAACUUAGGUGUUGAAGAGAAGAGGCAUUAUAGAGGAGUCCGACAGAGGCCGUGGGGCAAAUAUGCAGCGGAGAUCCGAGACCCGAACCGGAAGGGUUCACGUGUAUGGCUGGGGACCUUCGACACGGCUAUCGAAGCCGCCAAAGCCUAUGAUCGAGCAGCGUUCAAGCUGCGCGGCUCCAAAGCCAUACUCAACUUUCCAUUGGAAGCUGGGAAGUUGAACACAUGCGUCGAUGACGGAAACGAAGGGAAACGAAUGAGAGAGAGCGAGAUUGUAGAAGGAGAAAGGAAGAAGGUGGUGAAGAGAGAGGAAGCGGAGAAGGAUGUUUCCUUGACGAUGUCGAGCUGGACGGCGGUUUGUGAUUAUGGUGAUUUGAAGGAAAUAAUGCCCUUAUCUCCGUUAUCUCCCCAUCCGUCAUUAGGAUAUCCUCAGCUUACCGUUAUAUGAUAGCAGCUUUAUUAUUAUUAGAUAUUUUUUUUUCUUUAGUAUGGAGAAAUGAUAUAACAA